UGUUCAGGGAUUUAGCCUUUGUUCUCUGACCAGGGUUCCGUCGCUAUGCGUACCGGAGCCGUAAACAACAAGGCGCAUCAUAGUGUUGUACUCCCGGCGCGAGUAUAAAUCGGUACCCGUCCACCAUCAUCUAUAAACAGCCUCUCAAUGGAUCCGAACUACUUUCGCACCGGGGGUUUACCUCGGGCAUACACAGAGCAACUGUGGAUCGAGCAAAGGUUAUCUAUGGUUCAUUAUCUUUCCGACGAAUAUGAAAACUACCAACGCCGAAGAACCUCACCGGGAAAAUCCUACUACGUUGACCGUCACAAAGUCAUAGAGCAAUUCAUACACCCAAUGAAGAUAAUUCGCAAUUUUGGCGGCCGAGGGUCUCCAUACUUCCGACACCCCCCAAAUCCGCCAGCCACACAAUCCUGCUCUUUACUUCCAUCCUCGCCACCAAGGCGGGUUAGACGUCGGCCCCCACUCGAUAUCGACAACCCACUCGACGACACCGACGUCUACUCUCCCAUCUAUUUCACAAAAUCAGGGACAACCCAACCUGGAAUUCCUAUAGCCGAUCUAUUGGGUGAUAGGCCAUGUCACUGGAUGCAAGGACAUGCCGAUCUACCCUUCAAACGGAUUCCUGGCGACAGAAUCCUCCUCGACUUCCACUGGCCUAGGUUCCAGACAUGUACAAAGUAUAUUCACACGACCUAUUGGCCGUAUCGAAACAAAUACAGAAAAGGGCCCGAAAUUCAUCUCAGACGCUCAACCCUUGCGAAGCUCGUGGCAAAAUACAUAGCAUCGUUGGUCGAAGUCUUUGCGAACGAUGGCAGUGUACACCUCGGGACAGCCUACAGGGAAGGUGCUACUGUCAAUGACUUGCUGCUAGUUUCCCUCGAGCCGAAACUGCGUGUCCGAGAUCAGCAGAUCGUAUGGCACGCGAACUUGGAUAUGUGGUCUCCACCUGGCCCAAGACGGCUCAGUCCAAUAUGUUUAAAUAUUCCAUAAGUGAUCUGGUGCCCCAUGUUCGCAGGUGUGCAUUCCAUGUAUCUCUCUAUAUAAUUUACUACUACCUCAGCCCACCAUCCUGUAUCCUCAUGUCUAAUUAUGCUCCUGACCUUCAAACGACCAAUAAACGACUAAUUUCUUUGCG